ACGAAAGCAUGAGCAAGGAAGGAAGCUAUAAAACGUAGUCGUUGGCAGAAAAAGGAGCCUCUGAAGACUCUUAACCUGCAGCAGUGCACGACGAGGCACACAUUCGCAUGUGCACCGAUUAAAUGCGCCCCAGUACGCGCAAUUAAGCCCGCGUUAAUAUCGUGAAACGGUGCGUGCGGCAGGAACGCGCGCACGUGUACAACCCCUUGUGUGUUGCAUAGAUGGACUCUCCUCCAGGAGACCCUGAAUAACGAUGCUCAUUUAAUUUCGUCUCCUACAAAUUUUUAAAGCAUCUUUUACUACGUUGCGAAACGUUUAAUCUCAUUUCUAAAUAAUAAAAAAGCUUUUAAGAAGAAGAAACAUACAGAAAUAAUAAAGAUACCUUAAUGUCUUACAAUGUUAUGUGACUCAAAUUCAUAUUAAUUUUUCCGCCUGUCCCCAAAUAUUUAAAAUAUAUUUUAAUCCUUUUAUUUUAUUUUAGAUGGCAAAAAUUCAAGUUCUAGAUUAAUCUUCUUUAGUUUUCUGAAGUUAGGAACGUUUUGAACAAUCUAAUAUUACUAAGCCUGAAUAUUCAAUGGAGCCACAUUUGACGCCUAUUAAAUGUUUAUGACGAUGGCUGUUUAUGCUGACUACUAAUGCGGACUACUUCCGUACCAAAUAUGUGUUCACAAUAAAUAUCUCGUGAUUUCUAUAUGCAUCUUCAGAUUGAUCUCAUUUUGCCAAUAUAAUCGCCAGUCGUGUCUCUUUAUAGCGAUAAUGAAACUUUAAAAUGUUUUAUAUAACACACAUAAUAGGUGUGUACAUAAAUAUUUUCUAUGAUAAGUAAUAAUUCAUACUUUCACGAGGCACUGUAUGUAUAAGCAUAGAACUGUCAAAAAAUCAGGUCGAUUCGUGGCCAAACCCCUCGAGGUUUUCAGCUGCAAGGGAAGGCUAGAGGGGUCAGGAAAACGCAGCGAGUUAUUCGACUUUGAUCAGCAACGAGUAUUAUUUUGGUGUUUGGCCGCGUUAUUUAUCGGCCUCUUUAUUGGCGAUCUGAUUUUCAGUUGGCCACGAGCCAGGAUCCGGGAUUUUCUGCUUGGUCGUUUCGCUUCCCAGAAGUGAACGGGAGAGACGAUGAAGCCGCGCUAAUGUCUUCACUUUCGAUAAACGUGUUCCGACGUUGACGACAAACCCAGACGCUUGCUCUGAGACUUCCUCAAACGUUCGAAAGUCUCUCUAUGGAUUGCUACCUUUGGUUAACACCUAUUAAUGACGACAUGGAAGUAUUUUAAUGUAAUAGUGCUUACUCUUUGAGGUUAUGUUCUUGCAAGAUGAGAAUGAGAUGAGAAUUCCAUUUUGAAAUGAGAAUUUUUGUUAUUAGUUGUGAAAGAUUGUAAUGGAGGAAGAAAUUGAUAAUAAACCUACAAAUUAAGUCUACAGAGCCAAUACGUACGUUUCAUUGAAAAUGGAUUUUCAUGUACUUUUCAUUGUAAUACGUGUAACAGUUUAUGGGAAAAUUCUAUUCCAAAAAUGUAUGGAAAAUUUCUGAUUUUUGUUGAUGCUAGAUCUUAUUCAUCGCUAUAUGUAAAAAGAAACAGUAAACAGAUGAAUAACAUAUUAGAGAAAAUACAUUGAGAAAACAAAAUUUUCGAACUUAGAAGAAAAUUACAUGAACUGAUUGUUACAGAGACUUAGAUUGAUAUUUAAAUUAAACAUAACAAAAAGACUAUAUACUUUACUUAUAUGUAAAACAUUAACCGAAACAACGUACAACGAGAAAUAUACGAAUCAUAGAAGAAAUUUAGCACGGUAAAAAGUUUGAAAUUAGCGUAAGCAGAUUUUCCUGAUUAAGGAGGAAUCUAGAGAUUCAUUUGGCUUAGUCGCCACCCCCACAACUAAAUUUUACGCAGGCGUGGCUGGACGGGGAAUGGUAAAUCACGGCACCGGGUAGGAAAACCGUGGAACCCGUGGAAGCUCGAAACGCGGAAUUUAUAGACACCUUCAAAAGAGCUUUCGUCCGUCACAACAAACACGUCUCGGCAAUCCAGCUUGGUCAUCCAUCACCCAACCUCGCCACGCUGGAGUUGUGCUCUUCCACGCGUGAUUUUCAAUCGCUCCACGCCUGAUGCAUUAAUUUCAAUCCGCGAAAACACACCAAUCUCAGUCUACCCUCGAUUAAAACGUCUGCGAACCUAGGCGCCGAUACUUGAUGCCUCGAGUUACACCAUUGUUGCUUGAGAAGAUUUAUGGUGCCCUGGUUUAUGUAUGUAUGCAAGUGGUAGAGCAUGGAGGAGUAUAUAUUCAGGCAGUUUCCAGGAUAAAACGAAUCUAAAAAGAUAUAUGAAACAGAUUAGUAGACGUACAUUGAUAUUUUAGGGGUGGUUUAUAAUUAGACUGAUCAGGAUAAUUAAACCUAAUAAGGAUUAAAUAGAGAGAUAAUAAAAGAAGCAAAUUGGGAGAAUAUAAUUGUAAAAAAUGCUGACUAUGGACGCUACAAUUGAAAAUGGAUGAGAUGAAUUAGUAGAGAUGAGUCGAUAUUGUAUGAUAGUUUAUUAUCAUGUAGUUAUAAUUAAAUGAGCAUCAAUAAAUGAUUUAUGUAUGGCGUUAAAAAAAAUGGAUCCGUAGAAAGAUUCAUACUGGAAGAAAGAAACGCUAUCAUAAUGAUAAGUAACGAAAGGAAGCCGAAGAAUCGCGCGUUUUCGCGCCAAGUGAAUGCAAAGUUUCGCACAUCGGAGCGUGUUCCUGGCUAUCCCCCGCUUUAUUCUCACUGGCUCCUCACGAUAUAAAUAUUCAACAUGGGUCGUCCCUCAAGCCUUCUAUCCUUCUCCAUCAUAUCUCCCUUUCCUCUCCUUCUCCCUACUCGCAGCCUACCAUCUCUCUCGCACAUAUCAUCCAGCCAACUUGUACUCUCUCUUUCUAGCCUCUCCACUCUUGCAGAUCAAGAUCACCGAGGCAACACAGAGAGAUCAUCAAUCAUUCCGCAUAAAACUUUAUAAAAUCUCCAUCAACAAGAUCUGAAAACCAAAUACUCAGAUGAAACAAACCUCCAAGUAGCAUAUCUCACAAAUACAAAAUUAUACUCUCAUGCACUCGAAUCUCUUCUUUAUCCAAAAAGCGAAGAGACUUCAUUACAAAAAAAAAGAUAAGUCAGGGGAACUAAAUGGAAAAAAAAUAUAAAUCGUCUGAAAGUGUCCAAAUUCCACUUUCACCCAUCUCAUCUCUCCCCUCCCGGGUCUGCCUACCUCUUUGAUAAUGGCUACAACUUUGUAGAUGCCCGAUCGCGUUCUCCAACCUCCCAAACGCCCUUUCAGUGCAUCUUUUUCUUUCCAACAGAGGAAUCUCGUGGGUGGGGACUGAUGGACGCGACGGAUAAAAGAAACCGUCCCAGAAUGAGGGAGGGAUUAGGUUAGGAAGACAGAGGGGCCAGGUAGGGGAGCAAUCCGCGGUGAAGGGUAGGGGUACGGUUCUAUAGCCGGAGGCGGGGUUCCUGGUUGACAUGAAGAGGCAGUCCGAGAGGGCCGGUUCCUUCAGACGACUCUGAACUUUGGAGCAGAGACGUAUGUUUAUUGAGAACCAGAGCCACCAGUUGUUUUACCCCGUGUACAGUUAUAUAGUAUCCUUUACAGUGUAAAUAGUGGUGAUUAGUUGUAAAAUAGUUGCGAAGUGGAUUUGAAAUAUGCAGCCAGUGAGUCUCCAGGCGCAGAGGAUCCAAGGACUUUAUCUUCUGGAGAACAACGACAGCUCUGGUAUUCCGCAUAGCGCUGACAGCUCUGCUAGCAAUUCUCCUCAUCAUUACGAGAGGUUUUCCCCUUCAAAGCAUUUGAUGGAUCUCAGUAGCCCUCCGGAACACAGGGAUGAUGAGGAGCUUGCAUAUCAAGCCCAUCAUCAUCUUCAUCAUCACCACCACCAAGUGGUCUAUCAAGAACCUACUUACUUGAUGUAUGAAAACUCUGACGAGAAAAGGUACCAGGAACAUCCCAAUGGCAAGAUCCUGAGGGAGCUUCAGGCCGACUAUGACAGACGUCCCCAUGAUAAUUCUCCAGGAUUCUUAUCAGACCAUAGCAGAGAUCAUGAACAAAGUCUUUAUUUGACACCAUCGCCACAGAUGUACUCCUCCGGAGGUGAAGAGAUGGCACCUAGGCAAGCACAACAGGGUUACCAUCACAUGGAGGUGGUUGAAUAUAAGCCUGAUAUAGAGCAGAGGUGCAAGCAGCCAGAGAAGAAAAAUUAUGGAAGAAAAAGAAAGUCUUGCAGUAGUGAAAACAGUGCUGCCACGACGAAGAAUAUUAGAAGAAAGAGUGGAACUUCUGAAGAAAUACACAUUCAGAGAGUGAUGGCAAAUGUGAGGGAAAGACAGAGGACUCAGAGUUUGAACGAGGCGUUUGCUGCGCUCAGAAAAAUCAUACCCACGUUGCCCAGUGACAAGUUAAGCAAGAUUCAAACGCUAAAACUGGCUACUAGGUAUAUCGACUUCCUGUUCCAGGUGUUGCACUGCAACACGGAAAACACCGAUAGCAGCGAGGAUGGUGGUGAGUCUUCCGGUGGAGUUUUAGUUCGCAUUCCUUCAAUUUAUGCGAAAGAAAUCCAAGAAGCGCUGUCCUAGCUGCCAGAGAAAUAACUUCGUCGUCGUGCAGUUACAUGGCCCACGAGAAACUCUCGUACGCUUUUAGCGUUUGGAGAAUGGAAGAUGACUGGAAUUCGAAUGUCUAGAGAAGUCUCUCUGUGUCACGCUCAACAAGGUAAAAGUUACUUAAAACCCUUAAUCAACGCUCGGACGCUGUGUAAAUACUUCCAUAAACCUCAGGACACAGAGCUUCGAAAAGGCUCGACGAUUAUUUAAUCCCAUGCCGUACAAUUUCCACGAAGUUCAAAAUAGCAUGUGGUAAACAACAACAAUGUUCGAAAUUAUGCAAAUCGCAUAUUCGCCUCUGAUGUGUAAAUGCAUAUGUAAGAUACAACUAAUUUUCGUUUGCAAAAUGUUUGAUAAAUAGUUACUACCAAUUGAGCAUUGAACAAGAAAGAUUUAUUAUCUUGAAAUAAAUAAUAAAUCAAUAACAUCAAUGUACUACGUCUCUCAUACGUGUUAUUUAUGUUUGGCCUGAUCGACGUACCACGUCUCUCGCACAUGUUGUUUAUGUUUAGCCCAAUCAACAUACCACGUCUCUCGCACGAUAUUGUAGGUUAAGGAGUAUAACAUAUUUUCGCAAAAAGGUGGAAAUUACGCAAGUUCAUUAUAAAGUCAAUUGUGGACUUCUUAUUUUCGCUGGCACGAAAAUAACGACAUUACGACUGACCAGAAGAAAAUAUAAUCUGAUGGUUUGAUGAGAUUAAUUGUACACCGCGAAUACUUGUAUCUAUAGGAAAUUUGAAUAUGCAAAAAUAUACAGGAUGCACAUACCGUGCAAGAAUAUAUAAAAUAUCCAUUGCCAAAGAAGAGUUUGUCAUAUUUAGUUUCUACAUCUUUGGUUGUAUCUAUACAAAUUUAAAUUUCCGUGGACAUCCAAUCUAGUCUACCAAUUAACAUCUUUAAGAUCAAAAAUAGUAUUUCUCACUUCUUAUAUUGCUAUUAAGUGAUAUAUACUAUAUUCUAAAGCAAUCUAUCUGGAAAAACCAAAGAUUUGAUGGUGAAGAAAUGCUGUCACACUUGCUGGCCGUUGUACAUAAAUAAUUAACAGCAAUUAUUCGUGGUUGAAGGCCAGUGACGUGCUUUAUUGACCGCUCUUUGAAAUAUAAUCGCGACAGUCGACUUUACGCCGCUAUAGAUCAACGGUUAGAUCUAUACGAUAUAAUGUAAGCCAAUAAUUUACGCCUCCACGUCGCUCUAUUAACAGUGGAGUGGCUUUGGCCGGCUAGCCAAUUCCUCCGCAAUUUCUGUACCGUGUGAAAGCGUAUGGAGCAUCUUAUUAACUGAUGUCUUCUCUGUUCCGUCAAUGUGAUGAGGUAUCGUCCAAGAUCAUCGUUUUGGUUACGUCGGUGAUCUUAGAAUUUGGUUAGGAGAAUUUAUUAAUUUUAACGAAUCUAAAUGUCGGAAAUGGUGAGAAAUGAUCUUAUAGUUACAUUAGUAUCCUCGAUUAGUUAAUUGAUGCUUUUGGUAUCUGCAAUUGCACAAAUUGCAUCUGUAAAAGUGAACAUUUAUAAAUUUUAAUGAAUCCAAUUAUUGGAAAUACUUAAUUAAUUUAUUUGAAUAUUUAUGCUAUGUAUUACUGUGAUAAAUGAAUUUAUCAAAGAAGAUAUAGUCGAAGUGGAUGCUUUUUGAGAUGUUUGCCUACAAACAUUAGGAGGGAGGGCUACGUACAAUGAAGUCAUUCAAUGGUCGAUUAUUGCCGAGAUUCCCGAAAUGAUUUUCUCUUGCCACUUUCAUUACCUCUCGAAACGCUAGCCAGUCCAUUAGGGUGAAUUUAUGAUUCUGGAGGCUUCUGCUACUGAAUGAAAAGUCAGCUACAUCGCGUGCUCUGCAAUUGCCAACUAGAGAAACAGCACAGUGUGAAUAUAAAAUUUCUAUUCUAAACAAAUAUUGCCGAUUCUUUUUUAAUUUCUACUACGAUUUUUAGUAAUUUGUACAAAUUCAUACCAAUGUAAAUUUCCACAAUAGUCUCAUCAACAAUAAGGAGAAAACUUAUGGCAUUUAUAAUGCAUUUUUCUAACAUUUUAAUUUUAACACAGAAUUUCUACCAAUUCGUAUAAAUAAUUUUUAAAUUGCAAAUUUCAUUAAAAUUAUAUACAUACAUCAGAGUAAUUUCAAAAUGAUACAAUAAACACCAUCAGGAAUUCCCUGAACUCGUCCGAUUUUCCUUUCCCAGAUUCACGAUAGACAGUAGCGUCAUUGCUACAAUUUUACGAGUUUUUUUUACGAGUCUCGAUGAUCGUGGCAGGCUAACGUCUCGACGUUGUGGAAACAAGCUCUAACUGCUCCGACGGGUAGAUGAAACUUAAACAAAACAACCGGCAGAGAAGCAUUAACGAGCAUUUUGGCGCCGAUAGGUCGGUCAGAAUCUCAUACAUUUCUUCUUCUUUUUCUUCAUCAUUCUCUUUUAUUCCAAAGAAGAGAACAAUUUUUGGUCAGAUAUGUAUCAUACAGUUAGAAUGGAAGUUCUGUUGAGCUUUGUUUCUGAGCUUCUACGUGAAACGUUUCGAAAGCAAACAGUUAUUUUAAACCAAGAAGGCAAGAAGGAAAAGUUAAGCCCGCGUUUGACUUGGUUAACGAAGACACGCUACGUUAAAUCCGCCAGCGUCUUUAUUGCCGCACUGAAUCUUCGUGAAAAAAAGCCUGACUCUCCAAACGAGGUGCCAUCAGUGUCCCCCUUGAGAAGCUGUCAGAAUGCUAUUCUCCUUUCUUCUUUCCUUCUUUUUUCCUCGUUGAAAGGCCAUACUAGUUUUGGGAGAUGUUUUAUGAAAAAAAAAUUUUUUUUAAGAUUUUUCUUAAAGAUUGUUACUUUCUUUAUUCUGUAUUAUUAUAUCUUUUCAAAUAUCUAUUAAGAUUUUGAUUUAUUGGUGUUAUUGAUUAUUAAGAAAUUUAAAUGAGAUGACAAGUAUAUCACUAAAUUUCAAGAUCCAUAUUUGGUAAUGAAGAAUAUAGUAUAAUAUCUUUCUCUUUGUAAAAAGGUCCAGAGUAAGUGAUCCAGAAUCCAAACAUAAAAUUUUGUUUUAUUCGCAAUUAAUCAAGAAGUUAGCUUUUCUUCACAAUUCAAAAAAAUCUUUUUCUAGAGUCUUCAUUUACUAAAAAGAUUUAGUAACUGUGUAUUCCUUUUCAAUUAUUUAUCAAUAAUAAAAUUAGUCACCAAAACUGUCAUCUGAGCACAAUUUGUCCAUUUCUUCUGGGCUCAAUACUCAAUAUCUGAAAAAUGAUAAAUUAUUAAUUGAAAUUUUUGACAGCGGGUGUAACAACUUACUCUUCCAUUAAUUUGUUUGUUAGUUCAACUGAAGUUGAAUUUUCAUAAAUAUUGAAUGUUAUAUCCUGUGUUCAUUCAGGUGUGCACAAUGUUAAUACCUCAGAUCUGAAAACAAUAUACAUCGCGCAAAUAUGUACAAUUACAAAUUAUGGGUGAUUGUGUCAGAGUUUUAUACUGUUGUUAUUUAGUUUUCAAGUGGGCUAAGUGAUAGAACCAAAGAUGGAUUAUAUAUGCGUAAUUAAAGUAAGUGGUAUUAAACUACUCAAUAGAAUUUUGAAAAUAAAAAUUAUUUUAGACAUAUAUGUAAAGUAACCUCGAGCAAGUUUAUUUAUAAAAUCUAUAAUUAUGCAGAAACUUUUGCUGCAAGAGAUAGUGCCAUUUUAUUACUAAAUAACCAAUGCUAGUUUUUAGUAAUUUACAAUGUAAAACUCGAGAUUGCUAAUGUUUUCCACUUCUGUAUAAAAUCCUUCACAUAAAUUGUACCUUCUAUGAUAGUAAACUCUUUAAUUAUAAGCUUUCAAGAACAUCUCGAUUGCCUUGGACAUACAGCUAAAACAACCAAAGAGACUGUAAUAUUUAUAAAGUGCAUGUAUAUUUUCUUACAAGUUCACUUUUAACUUCACUAUCAUAAGUGGCCGCAACUCACUAUAAUUUAUUCCUCAUAGAAUUAUCGCCAAAUAAUGUUGUAAAUACUGUAAAUAUUCGAAACUUACUAAAGUUUAGAAUUUUUUUCUAACUUAGAUUGAAGAAAAAAUUCCUUCGAAAAAUUUUUUCUCAUACAUAUAUAUAAUAUAUUUAUAUUAUCAGAAAUUAUAAAUUAAAAUCCUCGGUGGAGAUCCUCAGUUUAAGUCAGAUAAAUCUUUUUCUUCCAAGAUUAAUAUUUUCUUUAAAAUUAUUCUAGAUUUGUUGACUUAUACCGAUUGGUCUUUUUAAUUAUACAGAUAGAUACACUCCACUGGGAUAUUUUUAUAUAAUUUUCGAUAUAUUUUUAUUGAGAACUAAUAUAACUUCACAAAAAUGUUUCCUAUAUGUGAACACUUGGAUUUCCAUUCCUUAAAACGAUGCCAAAGUGCAUUUUUUAAUACUAUCAGCGUGUCUUGCACGACUUUCUAAUGUACAGUAUUUUUAUAUCUAUUGCGAGAAUUGCAAUAAAAUUGACUUGAAUAUAUAAA